AUGGCCGAUUACUCUGGGGAGUCCGGAUUUCUGCCUUGCAAGUCCUGUGACAUGGUUUUCCGCUCCUGGCCUUUGUUGGCCACCCACACCCAGCGAUUCUGCAUUGGUCGGCUGACUCCGGAGGUGACACAUGGAACACAGCCUUCAGUAGCCAUGGAACAACGGGGCACCACGAUUGUGGCACAAGAGCAACAGAGCCAUCCAGAGCAGGAAGAGGCCAGUAAAUCUGCUCUAAAGAGGUUGACAGAGGAGGUGCAGUUGCUGAGACUGUCCCUAAAGGAAAUGCGCCCCUGGGCGACUGAGGGUGCCACCUCGCAGACUGCAGGGAGCCCUGGCGAGAGGCUGCGUACAUUGCAGGGAACCCGCGCUAGGCGCGUGGCAGAGACAGAAGCACAAAGCCAGGCCCUGGAGCUCCGCGGAGAGGAGCUAAAACGGCGCCUCCUUGGCGUAGCGGGACCCAUGGGAGGACUACCCGCGCCAUUCGGCCUGCAGCGCGAGCUCCGAGAACUCAAGGCAGAGGCCGGCCGGACACGGGGCGCUCUGCAAAGACUGGGGGCGCGCAUAUUAGCGCUACAGUCACAGCCCCGCAUCCAGAGGGACUCUUUUAAGGAGGGAAAGAGAUGUCCGCCCGCGCUGGUCAAGCCAGGAACACUGCCUGCAGAGAUCCAGGCCCUACGUGAGGCCUACGUGAGCGGUGGUGGCCGGGACCCCGGAGUUUUGGACAAAAUAUGGCAGCUGCAAGUGGAGGCAUCAGCCCUGGAGUUGAGGCAGUGGCAGAAUCGCAAGGAAAAAGUAACUGCCAUCUCUGAGGAGCUUCUAGUGGUGGAAGCCGAAAACCGGCUCUUGGAGGCAGAAAUACAAGCCUUGCAGAAGAAGGGCCUGAGUCUGGCGCCCUGGGGACCCAGGGAGCCUCAGCUCCUAGCUGAUCCCUGGCCGCACCUGAGUAGAAGAGGUGAUAAAUCCUUCCUCCUUCCACCAAUGCCCAGUUCAACAAAUGUCCAGAAUUUCCAUGACACUUCAACAUCUCAGAUAGUUAAUGGAACCAUGACAAGGACGUUAGGUCUGGAUCGCCACUUCUUCCUACCAGCAUCCGAUGCUCUAGGCCCUGCACCGUAUGAUACUGGGGCUGGCCUUGUCAUUUUCUAUGACUUCCUUUGGGGCCUUGAGGCUUCUUGGGUUUGGGUGCAGCUAUUGACAAGAUUGGUCCAGGAUGGACAGAAUACAGGAGAGACCACAACAUUGCCUCCAGCCCUUUGCUUACCACCACCGUCAGCUCCUGGACCUAUGGGCAACUGUGCCAUCCUUGCAAGCAGGCAGCCUGUACCCAGAUUGCCUCCAUCACCACUGGUAUCUUUGAUCUGUGAACUACAUGCCUGGCAGAGUGUUACAUGGGCACCACAACCAAAGGCUUGGGCCUCACUAUUGCUAUUUGACCAAGAUAAGCAGAUGCUUAGUGGGCGUUGGCGCCUCCCACUUCAGGUCCUUCCUCCUAACUCCAACCUCAGUCUUGGCCAGAAUGAAAUUCCCCAGGCAGGUCAAGCUGAGCUCUUUCUGAGACUGGUGAAUGCAAGAGACGCAGAUGUCCAGACAUUGGCAGAGAUCAAUCCAGCAAGUGCCCAUGAGUACCAGUUCCAGUACCCACCACUGGUAUCCAAUCCAUCUUCACUGGAAACCAGUUCCUUCUCCCACAAUCCUGGCUUUGUAGACCCCCAGCCUUCCACAGAAGAGGCUUUCGUCAGUGGGAUCCCACCAGUUUUGACCCAAACCCACCAAGUUUUUGAGACAGAAGGCCUAGUUCUAGACUUGUAGCUUUUUUUUUUCUUUUGGUUUUUCGAGACUGGAUUUUUCUAUAUAAUAGUCCUGGCUGUCCUGGAACUUACUCUUGUAGACCACACUGGCCUCAAACUCAAUAAUCAACCUGCUUCUGCCUCCCGAGUGCUGGGAAUAAAGGUGUGCGACACCGCCUCCCAGCCUGACCUGCAGUUUUGUUUUUUUUUUUUUUUUUAAAUAAAGCCUUAGAUAAAUUCCAACCAAGCCAACUAGGUUUUUUUCUGUACAUUUUCCUUUCGCAAA